AUGAACACGUCGCCCUGCAUGAACGAAGAGUCCGUGCACGUGUACCUCGCAUCCUUCGGGCGGUUCCUCUCGGCGAACCAGUCAGGCUGGAGUCGCUGUCUUUUGAAGACAGUGGUUGGCGCCCACGUGGCACCAUUGGCGCUGACGGUGGUGACCACGGUAGUGUUCUCUCGUNUUACGGUCAAAAAAUAGCUGUUCAAAAAUGGGUAUAUUUUCGGUAUUUUGCGUGCCGCUAGGGCAAGAAUCAGCCCCGUACACCACUAACCCUGGAUAGACUAUUCUGGACUGUUCAUACAUCCCGACGACAUGAAAUUUGGAGGGAGUAUUCAGACAUGAAUAAUAGCAAAAAAAAAAAGGUCACCCGCNUCCUUCGGGCGGUUCCUCUCGGCGAACCAGUCAGGCUGGAGUCGCUGUCUUUUGAAGACAGUGGUUGGCGCCCACGUGGCACCAUUGGCGCUGACGGUGGUGACCACGGUAGUGUUCUCUCGUGAGUUGGACCGCAUCGACUCAACCACCUUUUGCCCUGCCUCCGCGAAGGCCUUCAUCGUCUUCGUGCCUUGCGGUGUGGUACCUAAUUUCACCCGCGAGAANCGACUCCACGUAAAAACUGACGACUUUUGUAGCUUGUUUUGUCCUACUCUUGAGUGUGGUAGAAAACGAACCGNCCAAAUCGCGAUAGACUGCGCUUCACCGAAGGGGCGGGGCGGUCAUGUGUGCCUAUUCAAUGCUCGACCAUGCCNUGCCGGCUGGCGAACGGGCAAAGCCGCCCCUUGUGCUGCAGCCGCUCCUUAACCACGGCCAGAUGAGGCCCCUCUUCCAGCCCCUGUUCGGC